AGGGCGCUCACUUCCUACUCACCAGUCAGCGGGGAGGAAUCCUCUGAGCAGCCACGUAGGCAUUCUCUUCUCUCUGGAGGAAAAGGCCCAGCAGCUGUCGGAGGAAAAGGCUCACCAGCUGUCAGAGCGAAGGGACAUGUCGCAGCUAAGUAAGAAUUUGGGUGAUUCGAGUCCCCCGGCGGAGGCCCCCAAGCCUCCAGUCUAUAGCCGCCCUACGGUUCUGAUGCGGGCCCCGCCCGCUUCCUCCCGGGCUCCGCCAGUCCCUUGGGAUCCACCUCCGAUUGAUUUGCAGGCUUCACUGGCCGCUUGGCAGGCACCUCAGCCUGCCUGGGAGGCCCCGCAGGGCCAGCCGCCUGCCCCAGUGGCUCCGAUGGCCCAACCUCCAUCCCUAGGGGCUCCGAUGGUCCAGGCUCCCCCUCUGGGAGGCCCGAUGGGGAAGCCUCCGACUCCCGGAGUCCUGAUGGUGCAUCCUCCCCCUCCGGGAGCCCCGAUGGCCCAGCCUCCGACUCCGGGAGUCCUGAUGGUGCAUCCUUCGGCUCCCGGGGCCCCCAUGGCCCAUCCUCCUCCUCCUGGGACCCCGAUGGCCCACCCUCCUCCUCCCGGGACCCCGAUGGCC